UUUUUACUGCAAUCAUGCCUUCACUGGAGUGGUUGACAAUCUUUUUUGUUCUUCUUGCACCUUCCCUGGCACAAGAAAAGGCUUCACCAAUUGCAGAACAAUGUGGAGAUGUCCUUACGGAACCCUACCAACCUCUGCAGAUAAAACAAUCAGCGGAUAAAGAUUGUACGUGGGACAUUAAAAGGUCGGCCAAUGAAACCACACGGCUGGUAUUCUCUGUCCUCAAUUUAAACCCUAAUGCAGACUGUUCCCAGGAGAAUGUAACUGUCUCUGAUGAAAAUUUGCAAGUGCUCGGGGUACUCUGCCCAAAUUCACCCCAGAUCUCUGUCUUUGAGGCAGUCGGUGGCCUGUCCGUACGCGUUUUCACUGACUCCAAUACCAGUGACCGGAUUCUCUAUUUGUUUUACAACUCGUUCGCUACAGGAAGCGAGCCUGUGUCCUGUGGAGGAAACACACGUGGUAUCUCUGGAACCAUCUCCAGCCCCAGUUAUCCUAACAGACACCCAGACUUUGCCUUUUGUGUUUGGCACCUGGAUGCACCAAAGAAUACCAAGAUCCAGUUGUCAUUUACUGAAAUCUUUUUAGAAAUAGACCCACUGUGCCGGUUUGACUUCAUUGCAGUGUAUGACGGCCCCUCCACUAGUUCUCCUCUGCUGGAUCUUCUAUGUGGCCGCACCACAGCUCAGCUGGAAACCUCCUCCAAUUCUGUGACGUUGAUGCUGAGCGCAGAUUACGCCAAUUCCUACUUUGGAUUCUCUGCUGCUUAUAAAGCUUUACCGAAAUCCAAUACAACCUCCUUGUCCUGCUCUGGAGAUGAAAUGACAGUGAUCAUUAAUCCAUCAUACCUUGAAAGCCUGGGAUAUACAGCAGAUGAACUGACGCUGACCGAUACAGCUUGCGGACCUCUAUCCAGCAACCCUGUUGCAUUUAUUGUUCCAUACCAGACUUGUGGGACAGUCAGAAAGUUGGAAGAUCAUACAAUCUCAUACACAAACACCAUUUCGGCAUCUUUAGCCAGAGGGCUGAUCACUAGACGUAAGCAGGUUCAGAUUAUUGUGACGUGUGAAUUGGACGGCAAUACGGUUGUGGAGAUAAUGUACACGACAGAGGAUGAUAUUAUUCAGGAGCAGCGGGACACCAGCAGAUACGACGUCGGUCUGUCCUUCUUUACCUCCGAGACCUUUGUUACCCCAGUGCUGGAAUCUCCCUACUUUGUGGAUCUAAACCAGACGCUUUUCUUACAAGCCACACUGCAUCUCCCAGACCCACAGCUGACUGUCUUCACUGACUCCUGCUUUGCCUCUUCUGAACCCAAAUUCCAAGCUGCAACGUAUGAUCUCGUCAGACAAGGCUGUGCGAAGGAUGAUACCUAUCACAACUUUCCAUCUGGCAGUGGUUUUGCACGUUUCAGUUUCGGCGCAUUCAAGUUCCUGCACUUGCACAAUUCUGUUUAUCUCAAGUGCCGUGUAGUGAUCUGUGAUACGAAUGACACUGCAUCACGCUGCAAUCAGGGCUGUAUUACCCGGCAUCGCAGGGACCUGGGCUCAAGCAAGUGGAAAGCAAAUGCUGUCGUGGGACCAAUCCGUCUGGGCCAUCAUACUCACAAUGACAUUUCAGAAUCUAUCGGUGAGGAGAAUGGAUCCAAAGCAGAACACGGCAGUUUCUAUUUGUUUGGAAUCCUUGUUUUAGUGGCCAAUGUUCUCAUAGUGUCACUGGUAGUGCUGCGCUCCUCUAGGAAACAACGCGCUGCUUACAGAUACCAUCCUGUACCCACUCAGUAACAUGAAAAUAAAAUCCUCUCUCUAUAGGGAUGGCCUUCAUCUCAGGUGGAAACACAUUAAAGGGGUCGUCACCUUCCAAAACUUUUUUCAGUUCAGUUGUUUUCAGAUUGUUUACCAGAAAUAAAGAGUUUUUCCAAUUA